AUGGAUGCUAAACAAGGUGAGUUGAGAGUGUUGAUGUUCCCAUGGUUGGCUCAUGGCCAUGUUUUUCCCUUUCUUGAACUAGCCAAAGGCCUAACCAAGAAACACUUCCAUGUCUACUUGUGCUCCACGGCCAUCAACCUCGACUCCGUCAGAAACAGUCUCAACAACGAUCAUAUCCCGAUCGAGCUAGUCGAACUCCCUCUCCCAUCCCUCCCCGACCUCCCUCCACACUACCACACCACCAAGAAUGUACCACCCCAUCUUAGGCCUACCCUCAUGAGGGCCUUCCAAAUGUCGGCCCCCGCCUUCUCUGACAUCAUCGCCAACCUCAGGCCGGACUUGCUUAUCUACGACAUCGUGCAGCCCUGGGCAGCUAAGGCCGCUGCGUCACAGGGCGUCCCAGCGGUCUUCUUUGCCACGUCAGGGGCCACGACGUUUGCAUUUGUCCAUCACUUCUACACACACAAGAGUUGGGACAAUUUCCCUCGCCAGUCAAUAUGGCUUAAGGAUUAUGAGAGGAGGAUAAUUGAGUAUGAGCGUAAAAACUUUCCAGUUAGAGAUCCAGUGGAUGGCUUUGCCAAUGGGGUCUUCGACGUAUCAAAAGGCGUCGUCUUGAUGAAAACAUGCCGGGGUUUAGAGGGGCAGCAUGUAGAUUAUCUCUCCACCUUGUGUGGGAAAAAGAUUGUGCCCACUGGUUCAUUGAUCACAUUUGCUGACAAUCAAGAAACUGGGGGCUCAGAGAUCAUGGAGUGGCUUGGUGAAAGAGAGGUUGGCUCAACUCUUUAUAUAUCAUUUGGUAGUGAGAAUUAUCUGCCAAAGGAGCAGAUGAGGGAGAUAGCAAUAGGUUUGGAGGUAAGUGGUGUCAACUUCAUAUGGGUUGCUAGGGCGCCUGCUGGGAGUGAGGUUUCCUUAGAAGAUGCAGUACCUGAAGGAUUCCUCGAAAGGGCGAAGCCGAGAGGGCUGGUCGUCCAGGGGUGGGCUCCGCAGGCGGCAAUUCUGGCGCAUCCUGCUGUGGGCGGUUUCAUGAGCCACUGUGGGUGGAGCUCAAUCACAGAGAGUUUGUAUUUUGGGGUGCCGGUGGUGGCCCUGCCUCUGAAGCUUGAUCAGCCGAUGAACGCUAGGCUUGUGGUGGAGGUUGGCGUCGGUGUGGAGGUGGCAAGGGACGAGGAGGGGGGGCUCGAUGGGAACGGAGUGGCGGAGGCUGUGAAGGAGGUGUUUGUGGUGGAGAGUAAGGAGAGGUUGAGGAGCAGAGCAAGAGAAAUGAGUGAGAAGAUGAAAAUGGAGGGAGAAGAAGCAUUUGGAGAAAUUGCAGCAGAGCUGACAAAAGUUUGUGCUGGGAAAUGAUCAAGAAAUCCACC